GGGUCUGUAUAGCUUUGUUUACACUUGGGUUACAAGUACCGAUAUGUGCUAACUUUUCAAGCGAGUGAUUAGUCAACAAAUGAGAGUAGCAGUGUGGGGAGAAUCAUCCUUGUGACAAAAUAGAGUGAUCAUGGCUGUUUGCAAACCCAGGGAGACAGUAGAGGUUGACAAGGACCACCUGUGUUGCUGCAUAUGCACCAAUCUGCUCACAGUACCCAAGAUGUUAGGCUGCGGCCACACGUUCUGCAGACAGUGUCUUCAGAACUACAUAGAGCACCAGAAGGACGCCGUGCAGCGAUGCGGUUUCGACUGUCCUCUGUGCAAACAGUUUACUACAAUACCAAACCCAGUUGCUGGAUGGGCAGACCAGUUUACGACAGACUUCCGGAUUCAAGCCAUCAUUGGCAAUCCGCCUGACUCCGCUAACAGUCGUGAUAUUGCAGAAGAUUCAACCAGUUUAAAAAUGAGAAAUGCUGCAGCAGAGAAACAAAAGUUCACCCUAAAGAACACUGUUAGAAUUAAGGCUAAUGGAGAUCAACUUAAACCAUGUUUCACCGAUGUAAUUGUCCUGUACCAGGAAGGCAGAGAGGUCAUCGUUAUUUGUGAUAACAAUAAUGUAUGUGUGAAGGCAUUUUACUUCGAUUCACAUAAAGAUAUGGAGUUAACUAGUAAACUAGUAAUUAAUGAAACUAAUUACCGUUCUAAUAAAUUAGCAAAAAUAAACGAAACCCAAAUUGUUAUUUCCUGUUUUCAAAGCACAAAUAUAUACAUUAUAAACGUUAAUAAUGGUUUCAGUAUCCAUGCGACGAUAGACACUGGGGUGUUGAAUCGAAGUAUUGCAGUUAUCAGGAACCAAAGCCAGUCUGCACCCGACAUUCGACUGGUAAUUGGCUUUGAAAGAGAAUUGUCGAUUAUUGAUAUGGGCGGCGUGAUCAUCAAAAGGAUGGAUGUCGACAUUUGUGGUAAAACAUACAUACAACAGCCUUUUUUCCUAGCAGUAACACCUGCUGGCAAUAUACUUGUUUCAGACAAAGACAACUGUCUGCUUUGUAUAUCCCCAAAAAGGGAAGUGUUGUGGAAAUAUCCAACACAACAUCCAACUGGCGUGGAUUGUGAUGCAAAAGGUAACAUAUACCUUGCAACAGGCCGUGAAAACAAGGUAGUUCUCCUGUCACCCGAUGGAGAGUUCCUCAAAGACGUACUGACGGAUAAUGACAACAUGGAAGAACCGUAUGGAGUUUACUUCGACCGCGUGAAAGAACGAUUAUACAUAGCAGAGAUCGGCGGUUUGAUAAAGGUGUUUGAACUUCAGUGACAAAUUAAAGUGACGGAUCCUAAUUUUUAACACUACAUGGCGUAUCUUUCAAUAUUGGAGCCGGUUUUGAUAAUUGAGUUAACAUUACUUUGAUUGUGUUGUUUAGAUUAUCCAUUUCCAUGCAUACACAAUGUUUCUGGUCAUCCUGAUGUUUCUAAUGCCACGACAUGCAUUUUUAAUAUAGAAAAACGCACGUACUUCCAAGAGGUUAUGGAUAUGAACUGUAAUCUUUAAAACAAAACAAAAAUUCACUGUUUCAUCGUCACAAACUCUUGAAAACUUUAAACUUGUAACUUUAUUCAAACGUAUUGCAGGUUUGUAGAUUAACCAAACUUAAGUGUCCAGUUUAGCGGAUUGAAACUAGGGUCUGCGACUUUAACAAUGAAUAUUUCUGACGAUGAAGUAUUACGGGGUCGUUAUUAGAAAGUGCCAAUCAAUCAGACGUCGUAAGCGGGAGGCGUGCAUGAAGGCAGGGUUGUGAAGAUAAUUCAUUACCACCUCCCGCCUUUGAUACAUUACUGACCCUCUAAUUGAUGCCAUCUUCCGACGCCUAUAUUAUGUCAAUGAAUACAAAUUCAGUGAAAACGUUAACAUCCCACAUUUAAUAACAGUUACUUUACGUACGAUGAUUUCGUCAUUUCGUGAUAUCAGUUUCAUAUUAUAUCAGUGGUUAACAAUAUACCAACAAUGUACUCGUUAGGUAUUCUGUGUCCAUCUUUGUGUAAUUACAUUUCGUUCAAUUGAUUUGCUAGACUAUGCAAAUAACCAAAGAACGCAAUUUGUUUACUUUCUUAUAUGGGUAAGUUAUUGCUUGUUUAUUAUGUUCAGUGAAAUUUGCCCA